AUGCACAGAGCCCUGCUGAGUCCUGUCCGCCAGCCCCUGAAGUGAACAUCACCGUUCUUACUUUACUUGUGAAGAGACGGAGGCCCAGAGUGCUUGUCCCAGGUCAGGCAGGUAGUGAGUGGCAGGGCUGACUGGAACACAAGUUGUGCCCUGGAGCCUGAGUGACCAGGGCUAAUUCCGUCCCGUUAUGUGACUUCCAUGUUGCUGCAGCCUUGGCACAUGUAAUAUCUAAAAUAUCACUCCACAUGGCACCAGCCAUUGCCUAUUGGCAUUGUUUGACAGAACGCAGCUCCCUGUUCUAUGUCCUGGCCAUCUUCAGCAUGUCCAUGGCAGGCUGUCAAUCCACACAGCAGGGCCCCUUGAAGCACUGAAUGUGCCCUCUGCACAGUCUCAGGCAUCUGAGUGGGUGAUGGGAUCACAUCCACUCCAUGAGGGUCCACGUGGCCAAAUUAUGUUGUCCUAGGGCCGCCCUCCCUGCUGCCAUGGGGAGUGGCCGUGUCCUCGGUCUCCUGCACUUGGCUUUGCUGGAAUGCAGCAGGCGUUGCUGCUAGAGGGGUCCAGGCAUAACCGGCCACAGAGCCUGUAAGGGCUGGCCAGGAAGUGCUCAUCACCCCAGCACCACCAGCCAGCCUCUGGGAAAGCCUGGAUCACCUUCAGUGAUGAAUUUCCUCAGUGUGCCAGAGCCAGGGGGAUGCCUGGAGACAGGUGUACCCCCUUUCUUAGGAAACCCCAGGACCUCACAAUCCAAAUGCAGAAAAAGCCUGUAGAUGAUUGUCCCUGGAAUAUUCCAAAAGGAUCUGGGGAGCUUCUCCAGAGACUAGGGACACCAAAGGAUUGGAAGACGAGGUAUUUUCUGCUCUUGUGUGUUUUAACUGAAGAGAAAGGCAGAUGCAGCAAAGCACUACGUGGGGGGUGGGGAGUACAUGGUGUCUCUGAAUAAGAUCUGGUGCCUGACCUGCAGCUCAGAACAGCUGGAGGCUGGCCAGUUGGCUUGGGGCAGGAAGUGCCUUCAGACAUCUCAGGAAAAAGCAGUCAUCCAGCUGUUUGCCAAGAGUUCUUUGCUCUGUAGGUAGAGUGGGAAGGAGAACAAUGCCCAGGCUGCUUGUUCAUUCAUUAACCACUGUUGGGUGCUGGUCACUGAGAGCUCAGGAGUAACGGGAAGGCCACCAUGGGGUGGACUCUGUCCCUUUGCACUCAGUGUGAUAAGAACUGAUCCCUCUUACGUUUACUGAGCCAGGCUCCUUGGCAUUUUCUCUGUAUCAAUCCUUCUAAUCUUUCCAACAACCCAGUGAAGAGAGCACCAAGGUAACCCUCUUUACAGAUCAGAAAACAGAGGCAUCCGUACCUUGCCCAAGGUCACAGGUUGGAUAGAGCAGAGCUGGAUUGGAGUCCAGGCCUCUGACCCUGGAGCCUGUGCACUUAACGUCUGUUUUGGAUGGAAGGCUUGAAGGUUACAUAAGACAACCUGGUUAAGGUAUAGACAGACAGGUAAUGUGGGAGAAUGUGGCCAGUGGUUCCAAAAUGAGGGAAUGAUCGGUGUACAGUCAGGGCCCAGGGGAUGGGUAAUAAACCGAGAACCACAAGCUCUUAACACCAUGGGGUUGUGAGGCUUCAUCUCCCAGGAUGCAACACCUGCGGAGCUCGGUAAUAGGGGAUCCUGACUGGUGACCCAAGUGGGUUGGGAGCCUUGGGGAGAUGAGUUCUGUGUUGGUGGGGAGGGCCAACAUAGUAAGAUCCCCUGUAGACUUGGGGAGCUCGGUUUCAGUAAGUUUUGAAGAUCAUCACUUCAUUCCCCAUGAUGCAAGAGCUCUGAAAGUGGUGGGGGAGUCCUGAAAUUAAAUCUGCUUUUUUCAAGUAGGAAGGACAUCGGUGGCAAUGAGAGACAUCUGUGUGGCUCAGAAAGAUGUCUUGCUGAGGUCAGAGGGAUGGGGGCCAAGGAGGACAAGAGGAGCCCUCCCCAGGACACUCACAAUGAUGAGUGACGAGGACCACUAAAGAGUGUCAGGGGGCGAGAGCCCGGGCAUGCAAUGAGCCUACUGAGGAGAGCUGACAACCACAAAGCAUCUUUUCAUAUCAUGUUUGGAGCAAGGAGAACAAGGGCUGUGUAGAUCCAUUGCUGUCUAGGGCAGCUGGUGUCUGUGAAGGGGAGGAAGGCGCAUCUCCACUGUGCCCACAGCAGUCUGGAUAGAGGAGGAUCUGCAGGUGCAAAGGGCGUAGGUGGGUCCCCCGAGGAAAGCAGAAGUCAGGCAGUGCUGGGCAGCUGUUCAUGUGCUCAGGGCCCUGACUCAGAAUGCCCUGGCCAGGGCAUGGCGUGACCUGGAAUCAGAUCCCCCAUCUGAGGUGCUGUCUGAUAUGUGCUGGACAUGAAGCCUGGAGGUGGAUGAGACUCAAAUCUGACGCUGGCCCUGAGAAAGAUCCUAGAGUAAGAAGGAGGCUGGCCCUGUGGCGGUGUGUCCAGCCCAGUGUCACAGGAAGUUUUCCCAUCUCAUGGUUCCUUGUUGGGCCAAGCCCUCCAGAACUCCAGACUCCUGAAGACUGAUGGCUGCCAGAGCAGCCACCUUGCUCAUCCUGUGGCCCUGGCCCUGCUGAUCACUAUGGCAGGGAAGGGGGCCCCAUCGAGCCCAUUGGCUGAAAACAGGUGGCAAUUUAACGAACCUGAGUUGGGCCAGGGCCACAAGCCAGUGCUGCUGGAGAAGACGAACUGCCUGGGCCCUGAGGCCACUGUGGGCAGGGCGGGACGGGAUGUGGGCAGUGCAGAGCCGGCACUGUUGGCAGCCCCAGGCAGGCCCCAAUCCGGCCAGCCGCUGCCCCCAAAGGCACAUGGGGAGCAGAGGCAGAGCGCCUUCACAGAGCUGCCGAGGAUGAAGGACCAGUGCGGGGAUGCUCAAGCCCAGGAGAGGGAUCAUGAUGACCCUACAGGUCAGCCUGGCACCCUGCACCUGGCCCAGGCUGUCCCCAGAGACCCAGCUGGCAGCACAGUCUUCUCUGUGUGGCCCAGCAGAGUACGAGGUGAGCAGAGAAGCGCCUUUAGCAAACCAACCAAGAGACCUGCAGAGAGGCCGGCACCAACCCCAGUCUUCCCUGCAGGGGAGUCUGCAGACACCCUGGGGGAGCUGUCUGGACUCUUCAACACUGCAGACCUCCCUUGUUGGGGUCGACUUUCAACUCCCAAGCUUUUGGUUGGUGAUUUCUGGAACUUGCAAACAUUGCCACAGAAUGCUCCACUCUGCAGUGCUUUCCUGGGUGCCCCCACACUGUGGCUCGAGCACACCCGGGCCCAGGGGCCCCCACCUUCAUCAUCCUCCACCAUUUCGUGGGCCCUCCUGCCACCUACCCUCACUUCCCUGGGCUUGUCCACCCAGAACUGGUGUGCAAAGUGCAACCUGUCCUUCCGCCUGACAUCCGAUCUGGUCUUCCACAUGCGGUCCCACCACAAAAAGGAGUAUGUGGGGCCUGACCCACAUUCUCAGAAGAGGAGAGAAGAGGCCCUUGCCUGCCCUGUGUGCCAGGAGCACUUCCGGGAGCGCCACCACCUCUCCCGGCACAUGACUUCUCACAGCUAGCAGGUGGCCACGGAGUGACCUGCUGCAUGCGUCAGCCAGCCUUUGUCAGAGGGGGCUCCCUGGGCUUGCCUUGAGGGGGCUGUCACGGUCCUCUGCGGAGUUGCUGCGUUUGGCAUCCAUAGAUGAACAGUUCAGGCAUAAUUUGAAAAAGCCACACCUGAAUGAUGUGUUUUAAAGGAAAUGAAGUCCUGAAAUAAAGUGAUGGGCUUGGCAAAUCCAGGGCAGAGGCCCUAACAGGCAGAGAGUGAGGGCAACUCUGGUGUACAUGAUGGGCUUUGGAGGCACAAAAACCUGGAUUUGAAUCUGGGCUCUUUUCCGUACUAGCUGUGACCUUGGACAAAGACCUGCUGAGCCCCCAUUUUCUCAUCUGUGAAACGGAGAUGACAGCACUGUGUCUUAGGUUGGCAUCUGGGUCACAUGAACGAUGUGUGCAAAGUGGCCGGCAUUCUGCCUGCAGACCCUGAGUGCUGAGUCAGCAAGGUUUGUGAUGGUGUCUAUACUAGUCAGCUAUUGUUAUUAACAAGACCUCCAUGGCAGACAAGCUAAAGUGGGUCUGUGGGUUGACUCAGGCUAAGCUGAGCUUGGCUAGGCUUGGCAGCAGGUCUCACAUUUGAUCAUGUCAUGUCCUUUGCUUCUUUGGCUGAAGGGCUACCCAGAGAAAGCCUGCAUCUCUUGCAGUUAUGCCAGGAACAUAAGAGGGCGAGUCUAAUAAGCACACCUCAAGCCUCUGCUUGGGUCACAUUGCCAGCGUCCUCUCAGCCCAUGCAAGUGGCAGGGUCAGGCCCAAUACUGAGGAGUGGAAAAGCGCAGGCUGCCCUUGGUGAAGCUGUGGCAAGGGAGUGAGCAUCCAUUCCCUCCACAGGAGGGUGAGGAAUUGGGACCGGUAAUUUCUCCCACCACCUGGUCUAUCGUUCUUCACAUUGUGAAUAUACAAAUGGGGGAAAUAGAACCCCCUCCCCACCACCUACACACAUGCCCUUUUACCUUCCAAGAAUAGGGCAUGUGCAAAAACUCAGCUUCCAGAUCAUGAUGCUGGGGAGCAUUCCAGGUACCAUGUAUUAUCUACUGUGUUUCAGUCAGUAGCUGCUGUAGGUACCCAUGUCGGCCCUUGUGCCUAAGGAUGUAUGGGGCCCAGGCCAUACUCUUUGACAUUGCACAGGUCAGUCUGAUGAAAGCCCUUUGUGGGGAGUUUCUGAGCUGGUGUCGUUUUUGCACUGGUUUCCACCUCACUGUCAGGUUUUGGUCUUUUGAUGUGCGGUAUCCAGCCCUCCAAUGGGGCCCCCAGCGCAGAGCUCAGGCUUGUGGCUGGGAAGAAGCCAGAGUGAGAGGGUGGGGAUCCCAGCCAGCCUCCCAGACUGCUCCUCUUCUCCCGCUCUCCUCUGUCCACCCUUCCAGGCAGCAGCACUUCCUCCUGGCUGCUCUGGUGUCCUCGCUGCCUCCACUCCUGCCGCUCACCACGCACCCAUCCAUUGUCCACACGCACACAACCAGAUCAUCUUCUGAAAGUGUAAGAUGAUGACUCCAACCCCGUGGCUGUCCUUCACACUUACAGCCCUAACCCCGGCAGGACGUGCCAGCUGCUUUACGAACAAGUCCCUGCCAAUGUUAAUUGCAAGCACUCAUUUGACUCUCCCUGUGUGCCAGGCAAUAGCAUAAGCACUGGAAGAAUACAGAUGAUAUAGCGAGUCCUACAACAGCCCUGGGAGGCAAGAGCUGUUUCCUUUCCAUUUCGACAAUGAGUCAAUUGCAGAUAAUGCUAUAUCACUUCCGGUGUUUCUGAUACUCCCCUUAUACCUACUACCUUCACCGGCUGAGCUUGGCCUUAGGAGGCCCAUAGGUGGCAGAGGGCAGAGGGGACUCCGCUAUACCACCUCGCUGCUGUUCUGCUGUCUGCUCCUGUGUUCUGACCACAGCUCUUGUGCCGUUUCUCAAGCCUGGGCUUCGUUCAGCAUUUGCUGUCCAGCUCCUGUUGGUGCUGCUCCCACUGUGGUUCCACAGGGCUGCUUCUCUCAGGUCAGCUCCUUAGAGAGGCCUCCCAGAUUCCCCAUAAAGCAGCCCUGCAACCUCUGUCUCUCAGCCGCGUGUCCCUGUGGCUUCCUUCACAGCACGUCUCACCAUCUGCAAACAUCUUUAUGUUUGUCGUUUUGUUGAUUUGCUGCAUCCACACUGUCAGCUCCUUGGGAGUAGAGACUGGUUUGUUUACUGUGCAUCCUCAGUGCCCAGAACAGGGCAUUGCAUAUUGUCAGUGCAUAAUAAAUACUGUGGAAAUAA